UUGACAGUUGUUGAAUUUCCGCCAUAAGUCCCACCUAUCAGAAGGUUGUCAUAAAGUAGAAAGCGUUUUUAGUUAGGUUCCUGAUUAUUGCUCGAACAAAUUGUUCGACUGACCCUUCGAAAUUCGUAUGUUGUGUUAAAGGAAACGCAUUUUCCACUAGAAAUGAAAAUGGAUUGGGUCCCACAAGAAGAUGGAUUGCGAGAAAUUCUCACACUUUUACGGGAAUCGCAAUCUCCGGACACCGAUACUCAAAGGGCUGUACAACAAAAAUUGGAAGAAUUGAACAAGUAUCCUGACUUCAACAAUUACUUAAUGUUUGUGCUUACUAAGCUAACUAGUGAAGAUGAACCAACUAGGUCUCUCAGUGGUUUAAUAUUGAAGAAUAAUGUGAAAACACACUUCAACUCCCUGCAGCCAACCGUUACAGAAUAUAUAAAAACUGAAUGUUUACAAGCAGUAGGAGAUCCAAGUCCACUGAUUCGUGCUACUGUUGGUAUAUUAAUAACGACAGUAGCCAGUAAAACUGACUUGUCAUUAUGGCCGGAACUAUUGCCUGCUCUUUGCAGUAUGCUUGAUUCAACUGACUAUAAUGUAUGCGAAGGUGCUUUUGGUGCACUACAAAAAAUAUGUGAAGAUUCUGCAGAUGUUUUGGAUUCAGAUACAGUUAAUCGGCCUUUAGAUAUUCUGAUUCCAAAGUUUUUACAGUUUUUCAAUCAUUCUAGUUCAAAAAUAAGAUCAUAUGCUAUUGGUUGUGUGAAUCAAUUUAUUAUUCAAAGAUCACAAGUGCUCAUGUUCCAUAUUGACACGUUCUUGCAAAAUUUGUUUCAUGUGGCUACAGACGAAGAUUCAGAAGUGCGUAAGAAUGUGUGUAAAGCGUUGGUUAUGCUCUUGGAAGUUCGAAUGGAUCGACUCAUAAGUCAAAUUGAUAAUAUUAUAGAAUAUAUGCUUAUGAGAACACAGGAUCCAGAUGAGAGUGUCGCUCUUGAGGCAUGCGAGUUUUGGUUGAGCUUGGCUGAUCAGUCCAUUUGCAAAUCAGCAUUAAGUGCUCAUUUGACUAGAGUUAUUCCUGUACUUGUGAGAGGAAUGAAAUAUUCAGAGAUUGAUAUUAUAUUGCUAAAGGGAGAUGUAGAAGAAGACCACAACAUUCCAGAUAAAGAAGAAGAUAUCAAACCUAGAUUUCACAAGUCAAAAACUCACACCAUAAAGGCAAUGCAAAAUGGUACCGAAAACGGAAUUGAUAAAGAUGAUGAAGAUGAUUUUGAAGAUGGAGAUGAUGACAGUUCUGUAUCCGAUUGGAAUUUGAGGAAAUGUAGUGCUGCUGCCCUUGACGUACUAGCUAAUGUGUUUCAAGAUGAUAUCUUGCCAAUUAUAAUUCCGAUUCUGAAGGAAACCUUAUUUCACUCAGAAUGGGAAAUUAAGGAAUCUGGAAUUUUAGCUUUGGGAGCAAUCGCAGAAGGUUGCAUGACUGGUAUGGUUAGUCAUUUACCAGAGCUAAUUCCAUAUUUGAUUAAUUGUUUAAACGAUAAGAAAGGAUUGGUACGAGCGAUCACUUGUUGGACUCUCAGCAGAUAUUCUCACUGGGUAGUAGCACAAUCGCAUGAUUCUUAUUUGAAACCUUUGAUGACGGAGCUUUUAAAGCGAAUUUUGGAUAGUAACAAAAGAGUGCAAGAAGCUGCUUGUUCCGCAUUCGCAACGUUGGAGGAAGAAGCAUGCACGGAAUUGGUUCCUUAUCUGGGAUACAUACUCGAAACACUAGUGUUUGCAUUUUCUAAGUACCAGCAUAAAAAUUUACUGAUCCUGUAUGAUGCAAUCGGUACAUUAGCCGAUUCAGUUGGCAGUCACUUAAACAAGCCCGAAUAUAUCAGUUUACUUAUGCCUCCUUUAAUUCAGAAAUGGAAUGUUUUAAAAGAUGAAGAUAAAGAUUUGUUUCCUUUGUUGGAGUGUUUAUCGAGUGUGGCCACAGCACUACAGCUAGGAUUCUUGCCUUAUUGUGAACCUGUAUAUUGUAGAUGUGUUUCGCUGGUUCAGCAUACGCUUCUGGUUCAAAUGGCUCAUAUGCAAAAUCCUGAACAGUGCGAGGACAUAGAUAAGGACUUUAUGAUAGUAUCGUUAGAUUUACUAUCAGGACUAGCAGAAGGCCUGAACGGUCAUAUCGAAAAGCUAGUUGAGAAUAGCAAUAUUAUGAAUCUUUUGCAUAUGUCGAUGCAAGAUGCUAUGCCAGAAGUGAGACAAUCGUCUUUUGCCUUAAUAGGGGAUUUGACAAAGGCCUGCUUUCAACAUGUUAGGCCGCACAUAUCAAGUUUUAUGCCUAUUUUGGGACAAAAUCUUAAUCCUGAAUUUAUAUCUGUAUGCAAUAAUGCUACAUGGGCGAUAGGAGAAAUUUGUAUAAAGUUAGGUGUUGAAACUAGACCUUUUAUACCAUUGAUUUUAAAUCAAUUAAUAGAAAUAAUAAAUAGGCCAGAUACGCCCAAAACUCUUCUUGAAAAUACAGCCAUAACAAUUGGUCGCCUCGGUUUUGUCUGCCCCCAUGAUGUGGCUCCAAUGUUACAACAGUUUGUCCGCCAGUGGUGUGUAUCGUUGAGGAACAUAAGAGACAAUGAGGAGAAAGAUAGUGCUUUUAGAGGCAUGUGCCAAAUGAUUCAAGUGAAUCCCGCAGGAGUCAUUUCAGACUUCAUAUUCUUUUGUGAUGCUGUGGCGUCUUGGGUGCACCCCCAAGAAGAUCUGAAAGAUGUCUUCAUUAAGAUAUUACACACAUUUAAAACGCAAGUUGGAGAAGAGAAUUGGAGAAGAUUUAGUGAUCAAUUCCCUCAGCAGUUGAAGGAAAGAUUAACAAACCUUUACGGUCUGUGAUGCUGGCGAGGGUUUUAAUGGGGGAAAUUCUGUGGACUGGGGUGGGACAACCUAGAAAAAAUAUUUGCGUGAAGCACGCUAACGAGCGUAUUAAAAAACCAAAUCAAGAGAGGGUGGACUCAAUUUACAAAAGUAAACAUAGAUCAGCAAAAAAAUUUUUCUUUGAUAUGUCGUCAAAUCGAUAGACAUCGCAUUGUUGGUUUUCGUUUAUAUUUCCUAUACAUCUAGAUCAAUGUGACGAGCUGAUUAUUUAGUCAGGAGGCAUUAGUUGAUUAAUUUCUGGGUUUGUUUAAAAAAUUAUCUCAUAUAAACGGGUAACACGGUUCAGUUUUUAUGCGCAAAAUAGUUUGCUGCAUUCAUAGAAUAUGUAUCUGCCAUCUGCAGAGGUUUUUUUUUCUACCUAAAAUAUAUAUUCCACGUACUAUUUAUUUAAAAAAUUAUUGAGUUUCGACGUUAAACAUUUUCAAAUUUAACUGGAAAAACCUAUAUUAUUAAUCUUAAAAUGCCCUAAUUCUUAGACUAAAUUGCCAUUUUAAUGAUUCAAUGUUACAUUUAUUUUUAAUGCGUCUUUCGAUCUGAAAGAGUUAUAUUUUCACACAUAAGUAAAGAAUUAAAAUUCAGUUUUCUAAGUAGUUUUUCAACUUGUACUGAAACAAUUAUAGAAUUUUCAGAUGUUUAGAUGCUUUAUAACAUACGUUUGGGUCUAUUAUAAUUAGGAGUAGUUAUGCAUGCUGUGGUUUGGUAUCUAGUAAAUUAUGAUUUUUGUAUGUAAAGAACUUUUUUACUCGAAAUGAUCUAUACGAUUUUUAUUCGCAGCAGGUCUUGGUUGCAAACGGAAAGGAUUACGGUUUAAUAAAAAGAGAUAGUUAACUAACUAAAUAGCUAACCAGCUAAAUGGUUAACUAAUUAAAAGCUAACUUAUUCUUUCAAGUCUUUGAUUUUUUCCUUAUCAAUUGGUUGGCCACAUGUUGAUAUUUAAAAAUAUAAUUACCUUUUACAUAUAAAAAUUAUAUUUUUUACAUUAACGUUUUUGUCAUUUAUCAAUGUGACACGCAAGUAAUAGAAAAUUACUCACGUUAGACAAUCCUUUUCUAUUUCAAACUAACUGCUAUAAAUUCAUAGGAGUAAAAUAGUUCUUAAAAUAACUUGAGUUGUAUAAGAAAAUAUUUUCAGAAGGCUUUCAUAUAUUUGUUCAACUUUCUAGAUGCAGUAUUAUAAUCUUGAAAAAUGACAAACAUUAAUGCAAUUUUACAAUACAAUAAAUUGUAAGUUAAUUCGAUUGUACCGAUAAUAAUACUUUUUCAACUAAGGAAUAUUUAGACAACUGUUUCUUACUGGAAAAAUUAACAUAAAUCUGAUUUGUUUGUUACAUAUUUUCUAAAUAUUAUAUUAAUAUUUUUACAGUUUAUGCUGAAUGAACACAACGUUUUGAUAUUCAUACAUAUGUCCAUUUGGUCUAUUAUUAUUUGUUCAUUAAUUAAGACGUUAUGAACGUAAAUGUGGGUGUAUCAUUUAAAUUAUUUGCCAGUUGAAUUGCAUUCGACUAAUAAAUUUAUGAUUGAUGUUUAUACACAAUAUAAACGCUCUUUAUGUUUUUUUAAAGCAAUACAUUUAUCUACCUGUAGACCAUUUUCAACGGAUCUAUAAAGUAAUAAUCCAAGUACGCAUAUCCAAUUCAGUUACAUUUAUGAUUACUCGAAUAGAAUCGUGUAUAAAGAAACCGUUAAUCAGUCUCUUUAGUGUGGAUAAUGCUGGUGACUGGUAAAUAAAUAGAACUGGUGCCAGCCGGACUGGCACCAACCAGUUCGUGCGUUUAUACGCGAAAGCAAAUUAGUGUUAGCAUUUUUCCGACAAUAUAUUUAUUCAUUUGCUUUAACUUUUCAAAUGGACUGAUUUAUGUUGCCAGAGUACAACUCCAACAAAAUGUUUUUUCUCAAUCAGUAUUUUAAAAUGAUGAAGCCUUUUGUAAAUAUCAGUGUUUAAGUUUGUAUAUAGUAGGAAAAAAAUUUGCAAUCCUUAUCCUUUUGAGGACUUCUGGAUCCUAGUACCUGGUCCUGUUCCUAUUCAUCCAGUUCAUUGUAAUGGUCCUGAUUCGAGUGAUUGAGAUUUUGUGGUUGGUAUACAUUCUUUAAAUUCUAGGCUACGUAUAUUUUUUACCUUUUAACUAGUAGUAGUUUAGUUGUAUGCUUGUUUGCUCUUAUUAUUAUUAUAUGGAUUCAACUUGAAAUACAACUAAUGUGCAUUGCCUCCAUAAAACAUUUAUUUAAUUAUACCAAUAUUUUAAAUAAUUCUAUUAAGUAUUUUUAUUCUCAGUAGUACAAAUUUACACUGUCGUCAUAUUGAACAGUUAAUAUUAGAAAUAAAUAUUAUGGACUGAUUUCUUCUACUUAACUUCCUGUAAAAAACAUACGUAGUCUCUUUUGCCUAUGGGUUGGUAAGAUUCGGGAUUUCAGCAGUAAAAUUGUAUAAUGGUCUUUUUGUCUUUGCGAAUAUUCUGCAUCAAUCCAUUUGACCUCAACUUGUAAUGUGAUACUAAUUUAGUGAUCAUAAAACAUAAACGUUUUUUGUGAUACAAUUGUAAUUAAAUGAUAAGACUUAGUAUUUCAAUGGGUUUUCGAGUGAGCAACUUUACUGAUCGUUAAAAUUAAACAAAUAUUAUAUUUUAAUGGUUAAAUGACAUUUAAGUGAGAUUUUUUACGUCAAUUUCUAAGUUACUCUACAUUUUUUACUUCUUAAUAUUUAUAUUCACUUUUAAGGUUUGUUUGAAACAUGUUUAUCAUUUUUAUCGUAUGUUUGAAUAAAUAAAUACGUCAAGUCUCAAGAGGUUAUAAGUAAUUUCAAAUUCAACGGUUCCUAAAAAAAGGUAAAAAUGAUGAAUAUUUUAUUUAUUCGUGGUUGCAAUAUAUAUCGUAUAUUUUGUUUACUCACUAUUUUUUGAAGAUACUAGUUGAUCUUUUUUACAUAUUAGGUAUAUUUUUAGUUGUAUGUGCGUGAAUGUGUCCUUUGUUACAGAAGUCUUCGUUCCUCCAACACUCCAUUAUUCAUUCCUUUUUGCGUUUUCAGUGCAAUCCUUUUUUCAUUUUAAGUUUAAAUUUAACAAAAUGUGUUAUAUGCUUCAUGUAUCAAUGUUAAGCGAAAUUAUCCUAUACUAUUUGCUGUUACUACUUUACUAUACAUGUAUGCACUGUAUAUGUUCCUGGUUAAAUACGUCUUACAAAUUGCGUAUUGUUAGGAACGGAUCUUUCCGAGUCACACGUUAACAUUUGUAUAGGUACAGUAAAGUGUUUACCAGUAAUGAUGGAAAAUUUUUAAACAUGAAUGACAUAUUUAUUUAUUGCUCAUUUUGAAUACAUGAAGUAAAUAAAUAGAAACUCUAGUUACCCAAAGCUCAAUUAUUUCUCAUUUGUUGACACAAUAUCUAAUUCAAAUAUUGUAUGUUAUGUUUUCUUAGUUACAACUUUAGUAUAGUUUUGCUGAUUUGCAUGUUUUCAAAUAUAUCAGAGCAAGAUUUCAGUGAAUUACUCAUACGAGUAAUUAUAAUCGUAACAAAAUUGUUUGUAAAUUCUAGUAGUAAUUUAGCAAUUUUUCAUUUGUUAACAAACAACGUUCAAUUCCAAAAGAGCAGUUUAUUUGCACAGUGCCAUUUCAAUUUCACACACUGAUCUGGAAUUGAACUUGAUUGGUUUUGCAUUAUGGUUUAAUUAAUAUACAUUAAUGUUGUUUGUUAAUGUGAAUUGAUCACAUUCAGUUAACUAAAACUCAACACCUGUAAUUUUAAUUAUCAUAGGUAAUAAUAAAAAUAAAUACUUAUUUCGG